UUCAUUUCCAAACUAACUGAAAGCAGUGAAUCAGUUUUCUCAAUGGGGGAGUUCAACCUUACCAACAUUGAGAUUCUUUUCUGGGUUUUACUAAUAUUGUAUUUGGGUGUUUCUCUAACAUUUAAUUAUCUACUUAUCAAAUAUGAAGCUAAAGUUAAGUUGGUAAAGAGAAAAUCAAAGUUACUAAAAUCUCUCUUAGAGGAUCAUGAUCAACUUGGAAAGAAACAGGAAAAAGUAGAAUCACGGGUCCGUUCUUUUUGGGAUAUAGACGACCUAUCUCAAAUUCAUCUUCAGCUAACCGAAGCUCAGGAUCAAUGGAUAAAAUCAACAAGAGAAGUUGUUAGUAAAGCAGAAGGCUGUUGCAGUGAGUACAACAAACAAAGCCCGGGGUCUUUUUGGGGUCCUAUUACCGCUAUCUUUAGAUUGAUGACCAUUAAAGAUGUUCUCUGGCAAAUAGAUGAUGUCGAAAGUAAGCUGACAGAUCAUUUUAAAAAGAAAGAUGAAAAAGCCAAAGACAUCCAUAUGUAUAUGGAGAGGUCAAGAUUAAUAACUAGAAGUCUUCUGGAUCAAUAUACAACCGAAGAGGAUAAAUCUGUAGCUAAAAAAGUCCGUAACUUUGUAGCAGCCCGACACCAAAAGCAGAAUAAGCCUUCUACAAGUUUUGAUGAAUUGAUCACGAAGAGCGUGGACAUAUUUUCAGGCAUGGAAGAGAGAUGGUCCAUAUAUCUCCUGCUUCCACUGCAUGCUUUCCUCAAGGACUUGAGUCAGCUUCGGUUAGAAACAGAAACAGAAAAAUGCUGGAGAACAGUAGCAGGAGAAAUAAUUAAAGAUGCAGAGAUCCUCAUUAGCAGCUACUUAUCGUGGUUUCAAACUUUCGGCAUAUUGAAGAAAUUCACGAUGGACAUUCCUUUUGUUACGCAUCAAUUCAAAAAGGAGAUGAAGCUCAUUGUCACCGAGUUUAAUAAACUGCUCAAGUACAACUUAACUUUCAUCGAUAGAGCUACAGAAAAGUCAACCUUGUCCUCUAUUACAGAGGAGAGGGAAAUCACAUCAGCCAUUAAAAGCAUUGACAGCAUGCUGAAAAAUCUGGACACAAGCUCAGAGCAAGUAGCUGAAAUGAACUCAAUGUGUGAUGCACUGGGCAAAAUGCAUGAGCAGCUACAGAAAGCAGAAGAAACAGCAGGGAGAAAUGCUUGUGUAGAGCAACUGAAGGCCAUUGCUCAGGAGCUGGACAAUUUUCUAGAAUGGUAUAUCAUUGGCCCUGAGCUCAAUCAAAUUGAGAUCAGAAAUGCAAUUGAUCUUCUUCAGAAUUUGAUACAAACUUGCACCAUCGAAAGACAUGAGUCAACCGAAGUAGUUGGUUUAAAAAUUGAGGAACGAGAUUUGGUCAUGAAACUGACUGCAAGCAAUGAUAAUGCUUCGAAACUAUGCAUUGUGGGGAUGAAAGGUGUGGGGAAGACAACUUUAGCAAAGGCAGUUUAUUACAACAAAGAUGUAGUCCAACACUUCCCUAUCCGUGUCUGGGUGACAGUAACUGUAGGACCAGCCUACAAAGAAAAAGUUCUGCUCAUGAAAAAUGAUGGAACUAAGGACCAGACAUUGACUAUGACCCAGGUACGUGUUCACUUGAAAGAUAAGCUCUGCCUUGUUGUCCUAGAUAAUGUCUCGCAAACAAAAGAUUUUGAUAACCUAUAUAAAACAUUAUCUGCAUCUGGAUGGGCAAGUGGGAGCAGGAUAGUGGUAACAACAUGCUUUAAGAAUGUUGCUUUGCAUGCUGACAGUGGUAGCCUCCAUCACCAUAUUCGACUGCUAACAAAGGAAGAGAGUUGGGCAUUGUUUCAGAAGGUGGCUGGAAUUCAAAGACCCAAAAAGAAGCUGGAACCAAAAAUGGAAAAAUUUGCAAAGAAGGUAGUGGGAAAAUGUGGGGGGUUGCCAUUAGCAAUCUUAUCUCUUGGGUGUAUCAUGUCAGUGAAGGGCAUAACUCAAGACAGCUUAUUGUGGGUGUUUGAACAAUUCAAUCAUGGUCGUUACAAAAUACAUUGGCUGCAAGCUUGGGAAAAGAACAAGGAAGACAUGAGUGAAACUAUGAGGGACUGUCUCUAUUACAUUACAAACUUCCCAUUAGACUAUGAAAUCCCAUCAAGGAGAUUAGUCAAUCUAUGGAUUGGAGAAGGAUUGGUGCAACAGAACAUUGAAAAACCACCUGAAGACAUUGCAGAAAGUUACCUAGAAGAGUUGAGAGACCGCAACAUGAUUCAAGUAGUGGCACUAAAGUCCAAUGGCAAGAUUAAGACAUGUUGUUUGCCAAGUAUGCUCAGAGAAAUCAUCAUCCAAAAUAGAAACAAAACAAACCAUGGUCGGUAUUUGGGUACACAUUUAGAUCGGCAAAUUGCCUAUCAUUUUGAUGAUCAUGGUCUUGAUGCAAACUCCACACAAGCAUUCAGCAAGAAAGGAAUCCCCAUGUCUGUUCUUUUCUUUGACAAGCGAGAGGGAAGUAAACCGGGAGAGUAUAUAGGGAAGAUCCUUUCAACAGGCAUUGCAAGUGAGAAGUUCCUAGAGACUAGAGUUAUUGAUCUUGAAUGCAUAUUCAGACCACAGUUGCCUAAGACUUUAAGAAAGCUCAAUAAUCUCAAGUAUCUUAGCUUAAGAUGGACAUACUUGGAGGAAUUACCCCCAUGCAUAUGCAAACUUCUGGAGCUGGAAACAUUAGAUUUAAAGCAUACAUGUAUCAAGUACAUCCCUAGCUCAAUCUGGGAAUUGAAGAAACUGAAGAAAUUAUAUCUGCCCCAAAAUUGUCGAAGUAAAAUUGAGGGCAAGCCAAGGGGAAAAUUUAACGAAAAUCUCCACACACUCUGGGGCGUCUUCUUGUAUGAGAGUUACCCUCUUCUUGGUUACCUUCACAAGCUGAAGAGCCUUCAAAAAUUAAAAUUAGCGUUUCAGUUGAAAGGACCAGAGCAAGAGACACUUGCGGAGAAGAUUGUGAAGCUUGAACAACUUCAUUCACUGACACUUAAGUCGGUGGAUGAAAGUGGUCAUCCUAAUAAACUUAAAUGGAUUAAUGUGUCAAACCUUGAGAAGCUCUCAUCCCUCCGGUUGUUUGGAAAAUUAGAGGAGAAACUUCGUAUGAGUCUCUUUCCAAAAAAUCUCACUGAUCUCACCAUGUCGGCGUCAAAACUAUCAGACGAUCCGAUGCCAGAGUUACAGAACCUGCCCAAGCUUAAGUCAUUAUGUUUUUAUGCUGACUCUUAUACAGAGAUAAAGAUGGUAUGUGCCUUAGGAAGCUUUCAACAACUUCAAGUACUAAGAUUCUGGAAUUUGGAGAAGCUGAAAGAGUGGGCUGUUGAGGAAGGAGCGAUGCCUAGCCUCAUGGAAUUUGAAGCUCGGUCCUGCAUAAAUUUAGCAGUUCCCACUGGGUUGAAGCAUUUGAAGACUAUUCGAAUGAUAAAAUUACGUAAAAUGCCAAGCCAAUUCGGGAAAGACAUACAGUCACUAGUUAACGUUGAGAUGUCACUAGUUAACGUUGAGAUUUAUGAAGAGUUGAAGACUGACGGGCAAUAA